AGGAGACUUCCACUGGGUCAAUCAUCAGCCUGCCCUGUCUGCACUCAAAUCCAACUGUCUGGCUGGACACUGCUCCACUUUUCUUCUGUCCCGCUGAAGAAGCACCUAAGACAAGGUUGUCUUGCUUUGCCUGUUCUGCAGCAUGGUUCAGACGGUAGCAGUGAUCGGCGCAGGCCCCUCUGGUCUCACCAGCAUCAAGGCCUGUCUGGAUGAAGGCCUGCAGCCCACCUGCUUUGAAAGCGGCAAUGAUAUUGGAGGCCUGUGGAGAUUUAAGGACAAGCCAGAGGCUGGACGGGCCAACAUUUAUCAGUCGGUGGUGAUCAACAGCUCCAAGGAGAUGAUGUCCUUCAGCGACUUCCCUCCUCCUGCCAGGCUCCCCAACAACAUGCACCACUCUGAAGUCCUCUCAUAUUUGCGGCUCUAUGCUCAGACCUUCAACCUGAUGGGGCGCAUCAACUUCGAGACGACUGUAGUUGGUGUGAGGCAGAGAUCGGACUUUGCCGUGACGGGCCAGUGGGAGGUGGAGGUGGAGAACAAGGAGGGUCAGCGGGACACUCGUGUUUUCGACGCAGUGAUGGUCUGCACUGGACAUUUCACUCAUCCUCACCUGCCUCUUAAAGACUUCCCAGGAAUUGAGAGUUUUCAGGGCAAAUAUUACCACAGCUGGGACUAUCGCAAUGCUGAGGGACUGGAGGGGAAAAGAGUUUUGGUGGUGGGGCUUGGGAACUCUGGAGGAGACAUUGCUGUGGAUAUCAGUAGAGUUGCUGAAAGGGUGUACCUCAGUACCAGAAGCGGAGGAUGGGUCUUUCCCCGAGUUGGACCGCGGGGUGUUCCUUUCGAUACUGUGCUCAUUACUCGAAAGUAUGAUCUGAUGUACAAGCUCCUCCCCUCCAGGAUGAACAGGAUCUUGGAGGAAAAGCUGAAUGACGGCUUUGACCAUGAAGUGUAUGGCCUGAAACCAAAGCAUGGCGUUUUUGCCCAGAUUCCUGUUGUGAAUGACCACCUGCCAGCUCAGAUCCUCUGCGGUCGUGUGCAAGUAAAGCCAAACGUGAAGGAGUUCUCUGGGUCCGAUGCUGUCUUUGUGGAUGGGACUGUCGUUCAAAAGGUGGAUGUUGUGGUGUUUGCCACUGGAUACGACUACAGCUUUCCAUUCCUCCCCACCUCACUGCAGGCUAAAAGUGGCUACAGGCUGAAGCUCUACAGACACGUCUUCCCUCCUGCACUGGACCACCUCACGCUGGCUGUGGUGGGCUUCAUCAAUGGUUUUGGAACCAUCAACACUCUGGCUGAAAUGCAGGCACGCUGGGCCACAAGAGUGUUUAAAGGCUGCAUCACUCUUCCAUCCAAGCAGACCAUGAUGAAUGAGAUUGAGAAGGAGACAGCAACCAUGCAUCUGAAUUUCCGGUGCUCGGAGCGUAACCCCAUGUAUGUGGACUACCUGACCUACAUGGACACCCUAGCUCAGGAGCUCAAGAUUCAGCCAAACAAGCUGUGGCUCCUCUUGAGCGAUCCCAGACUGGCACUGGAGGUUUUUCUGGGUCCCUGCACUGCCUACCAGUAUCGUCUGACUGGACCAGGCCAGUGGUCUGGAGCGCGCCAGGCAAUCCUCACGCAGUGGGAAAGGAUCCUCGAGCCCUUCCAGACCAGAGUGGCACCAAAAGCGGAGCCCAAGUCCUCUUGGAAACCAGUCCUUGUGACGAUGAUCUUUGCUGCUACUCUGCUCUGCUGUCUCUACAAAUACCCUCCCUCCUUUAUCACCUCUCUCAUGAAGUUCCCGUCUCUCAAAUUGCUUUAAAAAAAAAGUUGGCAUCAAUGUUUUUUUGCCACAAACUGUCAUUUGGUAUUAGUGGCAUAAUGUUAGAAAGCCGACUGUGAAGGAAUCAUUGAAAUAGAUACUUGAUAGUAACUGGAUUUAAUUGGUACUACUGAUCCUGUUUGCUUUUAAUGGUGAUCACCGUUCAAAAACUGACCAAAUAAACACAUUUUAAAACCUUA